AUGGCCAAACUCUGCGACCUGAUCAAGUUGGUCGUGGUUUCAGCCAUGAUCUUCCUGGCCUCUGCCAGACGCAGCCACAGCUUGGAUGGCGCAUUUGAGUGCAAUUCGCUGUACAGGAUGACGGAGUGCUGCCUGCCGUAUGUCACCGGGAUCGCAGACCGGCCGUCGCCGGAGUGCUGCAACACUGUGCAGCGCCUCAAGAACAUGGCCAACAAGAGGGAGGAGGUGGUGCAGUACUGUCAGUGCUUCCAGGCCAAGGCACUGCUCCUCCAGCACUUGAACGAGAGCACCCUCAGGACUCUUCCAAAUGACUGUGGCUACUCAUUUCACAGCCAGGUUACCCUGGAUUGUGACUGCAGCAUGAUCGCCUAG